AUUUUUGAGGAAGUGGAUUGGGGGAGGAGGGAUGAUAACGUAGGUGUAGGAAUAUAACUGUUAAAAAGCCAGCUGGGUUACAAUCCAGUUGUGUAUAUAUAAAGAAACAAUAAAAAUAAGUUACGUGUAAAGAGACAUUUACUUUGUUUGCAGUACUCGAAUUAAAGUCAGACAGGUGGCGGUGGUUGUCGAGCCCAUUCAUUGCAGUCUUGUGAUCUGUUGUCACUCGUGAACAUGUCGGGAAAAGUACUGCGUUACAGCGACAAAGUGGUCAUCGUGACUGGUGGGUCAAAAGGGAUUGGCAGAGGGAUUGUCAAGGUAUUCGUGGAGAAUGGAGCCAAAGUUGUGUUUUGUGCAAGAGGGGUGGAGGCAGGACAGGCUCUAGAGACAGAGCUGAACAAGGCGGGGCCAGGGUCAUGCAAAUUUGUCCUGUGCGAUGUCUCCAAAGAGGAGGACAUUAAGAGGUUGAUUGCCGUGACAGUGGAGCUACACAGUCAAAUAGACUGUCUGGUUAACAAUGCUGGGUGGCACCCACCGCACAAAUCCACAGACGACACCACUGCAGACGAGUUCAGAGAUCUCUUGAAUCUUAACCUCAUCAGUUACUUCCUGGCCUCCAAAUAUGCCCUGCCCUACCUGCGUCAGCGUCAGGGCAACAUCAUUAACUUGUCCAGCCUGGUGGGCUCUAUUGGUCAGAAAGAUGCAGCGCCAUAUGUUGCUACUAAGGGGGCGAUCAUUGCCAUGACUAAAGCCAUGGCUGUGGAUGAGAGUCGGUACCAUGUGAGAGUCAACUGCAUCUCACCUGGUAAUGUGAUGACUCCUCUCUGGGAAGAGCUGGCUGGACAGAGCGCAGAUGCCUUAGAAGCCAUUAAAGCAGGAGAGAAUGCUCAGCUGAUUGGUCGCAUGGGGACAGAAGCUGAGAGCGGGUUGGCUGCUCUGUUCCUGGCUGCUGAUGCUACAUUUUGCACUGGGAUAGACCUACUGCUUAGUGGAGGGGCAGAACUCAACUAUGGCUACAAGAACCAGGUCCCAUGAGCAGGUCUGUCACUCUGAGCCUAGUGACUGUCGGACCAAUAACCUCUUUUGUUCUACUGCUGUCCUGCUUGAGAUCAUUGACUUAUUUUAACUGUGAUGAACCAAUCUACUUGUCUUAACACGGUAAUCAUCUUGAAUAUGCUGCUUUUUAUGUUUAAUAAAGGGAUUUUUAUGCUAA